CCGUCGGUGAGUGAGGCGAGAGAGGGAGAAAGAGAGAGGGAGAGAGAUAUAGGGCAAGAGGGCGCCACCAUCACGCACAUCACGCAGGACAUUUAAAAAAAAAAAAUUGUAGAAGCAUUCGUGUUCCGGUGAGUCCGCGACUGAAGGUGAUUCGAAGUGCUUCUUAAUCAAGUGCCUCUUCUAAGUAUAACAACAUUUCGACGACCUCUUCAAAAUGGUGGGAACAAAGACAACCAAAACGGUAACCAUCGAGAAGCGAGGUGCCUUCGGGGACGACCCCUUCUUCAGGGACUCCCUGGAGGAGUGGGACCAUGCCAUGAAGAAUGUCGUGGACCGGUGGGAGAAACCCAGGGGCACCACAACUACCACCACGACCACGACCACAGGGCCAACUUCCGAAACCAAGACGGUUUACAGGCAGAUCAGGUCUUCCAACGUCUCUUCCGACGACUCCCAAGCUGUCUCCUGCACGGAAGACGACGAUAAAUACAAGAUGAUGGUUGAUGUCAAGGACUUCAAACCGGAGGACAUCAACGUCAAAACAGUCGAUGACACCGUCGUGAUUGAAGGGAAGAUCGAGAAGAAGGAGGGAAAUGCAAUUUCCACGCAGAAGUUCACAAGACGUUUCAUCUUGCCCCCGGGAGUUAACCUCAACGCCAUCUCUUCGGCUCUCUCUCGCGAUGGCGUCCUAACAAUCAACGCUCCAAAGCUGGCAAUCAAGGAUGGGCAAGGUCGUCGGACCGUCCCAUCAGCGGGGGCGUCUUCGCACAAGAACGGCGCCACGGUCUUCACCCGAUUCACUCCCAGGCAGGACGGCGAUGACAAGAGGUAUCUGAAGCACAGCCCACUGCACGGGGAAGAAACAGUCUACAACACGCGAGGAGGAGGAGGUAACAUCCCCAUCGGCACGUCCCACGGAAACUCCUCCGGAAACGUUGUUCCCCUGCACCCGGAAUCGCGCCACGCGGGCGACCACUGGAAGUCCUUCAACCAGAUGGUUGAGAAGUCGCAGAAGGAGAUGGAGGACAUGAUGCGUCGUCACACUCUCCAGCCGGAGGGUCUCAGCGCACCCACUUCCCCGCCGUCCAUCUCCACCAACAUGGUCGUCACCACCAGCCAGCCCACGCCCCCGGCUGGCAUUCCGACCAACAGAACGGUCGCCGUAUCGGACAGAGACGUGACCGAGAAGAAGGAGCAGCGCUGGACAGACAACCCCGCCCCGGGAGUCACCCGAACCAACAGAGUGCUGAACGAGAGCACGGCCCUGAAAGGCGCCGACGGAUCCGUCGUAGGAAACAAGUCCCGUCAGGAGCACGAGAGCCACGCCCAGGGGUCCAACGAGGAGACCCUACCCGACGGCACCAAAAAGAGCACCUUUACCAAGAGCUACGAGACGCGCAAGGUCUUCAGCUAUAACUCCAGCGACCCCAAAGCCGUUUGAGUGGUUGAGCGUCCUUCCCUCUUCUAUGUAAUCCUGUACAUCUGGUUUGCGACUAUGUAUUAUUUCGUCUCUCUUCAACGCGAAAUUCAGUGUGCUUGCUUCGGCGUGAUCAUUGUCUUGUGUAUGUUUGUACGUACGUCUUUGCGUCAGGGAUGGAGAGUGCAUGGGCUGGCUUGCUAUGGGGGCGCAUGGGUGAUCAAGGUAGUUGCUGCGUCGAUCUCAGGACGAGCAAAACUCAGAUAUAAAUAAAAGAUAAGUACUAUAACCUCCCAUUCUGGAAACCGUUCGAUGACCUUUUGCUUUGUUUUCCCGCCACAAAGUAUUUUGUGAACGCUAGAUUAGAAAUGUUCUUAAUUUAUUUCAGAAUUUCUCAAUAUUUGAAAUGUUUUAUACAAUUCCUAAUCAAUCGUAUUAUGUACAUUUGUAGAAUUGUGCAAAAGAUUGGAGUCCCUCUGAAGGAUAAAUCCCCCAAAAAUCUCUUUAAUCCAUCCUUUAUGUACAUUACGCAGUUGAUCCAAUACAUUAUUUUUGUAAAAAAGAAAUUCGUAAUUAAAUUAACCUUUAAAAA